UCACCUUGCGUAACCAACAGAAAAGUCACCUCCGUCCCUCGUUUUCUUCGCUUCAUCUUUCUUCUUCUCAUCACACUCUCCGAAAAGCUGAACACUCGGCAACAAGCAUCGACCAUGCUUCUCACUCGAGGAGGAUGGAUGGCCUUCCGUUUGCGUUUCCCAAUUUCUAUUUUUCUGUUACAGAUGAUCUUCUUUGUAUCUAUGCUGAUGAGAGGGGAGGCUGAUUUAUCUGUCCCUGUGCGUUCCGGUUCUACUUUCGGGGAGAGACACGCAGCAGAGUACUGUGCUAUGUAUGAUAUAUGUGGAACACGCAGUGAUGGGAAGGUUCUGAAUUGCCCUUAUGGUUCGCCAUCUGUGAAGCCUGAUGAGCUGUUCUCAGCAAAAAUUCAAAGUCUUUGUCCUACAAUAAGUGGCAAUGUUUGUUGUACUGAGGCUCAAUUUGAGACAUUACGGUCACAGGUUCAACAAGCUAUUCCACUUUUUGUGGGCUGUCCAGCAUGCUUGAGGAAUUUCCUAAAUCUUUUUUGUGAGCUUUCCUGCUCUCCAAGGCAGAGUCUAUUUAUUAAUGUGACGUCCAUUGCUGAGGUUGGUGGAAGUAUGACUGUGGAUGGCAUUGACUACUAUGUAACUGAGAAGUUUGGAAAAGGUCUUUAUGAUUCGUGCAAGGAUGUAAAAUUUGGUACAAUGAAUACACGGGCCAUAGAUUUUGUUGGUGGUGGUGCUAAAAGUUUUGAAGAACUUUUUGCAUUUCUUGGUCAGAAAGUAGCCCCUGGUUUUCCUGGAUCACCUUAUGCUAUAAAUUUUAAAGUGAACCCUUCCAAGUCAUCUCAAAUGGAGCUUAUGAAUGUGUCUGUUUAUUCAUGUGGUGACACUUCACUGGGCUGCUCCUGUGGUGAUUGCCCUACGUCACCUGGGUGCUCUAGCUUAGAACCUCCUUCUCCACCAAAAAGCAAUGCCUGCACCAUCAAGAUUUGGUCUUUUAAGAUCAGUUGCAUUGACUUCUCAAUCACAAUACUUUAUGUUAUAUUUAUUUCCUCAUUUCUUGGAUGGGCUUUGUUUCAACCUGCAAAAGAGAAUAGGGAAUUUUCAUCUAGGGAAGAACCCUUAUUAAACAUUGGAGACGAUGGUGAAAUCAAAUCUGUUAACUUGGCAGAGAAUGAGAAUGUUACGACAGAGGAGCAUGGGGUGCAUCUUACAAUGAGGAACGGUGUUCAACUUUCCACUAUUCAGAGAUACAUUUCUAACUUUUAUAGGGAUUAUGGAGCUUGGGUUGCUCGGAACCCUAUCCUUGUGCUUUGUACGUCUUUAUCAAUUGUUCUUAUUCUCUGUGUGGGUCUGGUUUGUUUUAAAGUUGAAACCCGGCCGGAGAAGUUAUGGGUAGGUCAUGGGAGUAGAGCAGCCGCAGAGAAGCAGUUUUUUGACAGCAAUCUUGCACCUUUCUACAGAAUUGAACAGUUGAUAAUAGCAACCAAGCCUGGAGGAAGGCAUGACAGGGCUCCGCGUAUAGUUACAGAGGAUAAUAUUCUAUUACUCUUUGAUAUACAGAAUAAGGUCAAUGAACUUGUUGCGAACUAUUCUGGCUCAGUUGUAUCCCUAAAUGAUAUAUGCUUGAAGCCACUGGGUGAGGAUUGUGCCACACAAAGUAUUCUACAGUACUUUAAAAUGAACCCUGAAAAUUUUGACGACUAUGGAGGAGUGGAACAUGCUGAGUAUUGCUUUCAGCACUAUACUUCCUCAGAGACAUGUUUCAGUGCUUUCAAGGCUCCUCUUGACCCCAGCACAUCCUUGGGUGGAUUUUUUGGGAAUAAUUAUUCCGAGGCCUCCGCAUUUGUCAUCACAUAUCCUGUUAAUAAUGCAAUUGAUGCUGUUGGCAAUGAGAAUGGGAAAGCAAUAGCGUGGGAAAAAGCUUUUGUCAAGUUAGCUAAGGAGGAACUGAUGCCACUAGUGCAUUCCAAGAAUCUUACUCUUUCUUUUUCUUCCGAGAGCUCAAUUGAAGAGGAACUGAAAAGAGAAAGCACUGCAGAUAUCCUUACAAUUGCUGUAAGCUACCUCGUUAUGUUUGCCUAUAUAUCGGUGGCUUUGGGAGAUUCAAAUAUUUCGUCUUCUUUCUACCUUUCAUCCAAGGUGUUGCUUGGUCUCUCAGGAGUUAUACUUGUUGUGCUGUCUGUUCUAGGAUCUAUAGGAUUCUUCAGUGCCAUUGGAAUAAAAUCAACACUAAUAAUUAUGGAGGUUAUUCCAUUUCUGGUGUUGGCGGUAGGAGUUGACAACAUGUGUAUAUUAGUACACGCUGUGAAACGACAGCCAUAUGAGUUGUCUCUAGAAGAGCGCAUAAGCUGUGCGCUGGUUGAAGUUGGUCCUUCCAUAACAUUAGCUAGUUUGUCAGAGAUCUUGGCUUUUGCCGUUGGAACUUUUGUUCCGAUGCCAGCAUGCCGUGUUUUUUCCAUGUUUGCUGCUUUGGCAGUGUUGCUCGACUUCAUUCUUCAACUGUCAGCAUUUGUGGCUCUUAUAGUGUUGGAUAUUUUAAGAGCGGAGGAUCACAGAGUCGACUGUUUCCCAUGCAUAAAAGUUCAUCCACAUUCUGAUGAACCUAACCAAGGCUUCAAUCAAGGGAGACAUGGGCUUCUUUCUCGGUACAUGAAGGACGUUCAUGCACCCUUCCUUGGAUUUUGGGGAGUUAAGAUUGUUGUUGUUGUCAUCUUUGUUGGAUUAACUUUAGGAAGCAUUGCAUUAUCUACUAAGAUUGAGGUUGGAUUGGAACAAAAGAUUGUUCUCCCACGAGAUUCUUACCUUCAGGAUUAUUUUGACGAUCUUGCGGAAUAUCUACGAAUUGGGCCACCAUUAUAUUUCGUUGUGAAGGAUUACAAUUAUAGCUCAAAAUCUAAAGAGACAAACCAGCUGUGCUCCAUCAGCCAUUGUGAUUCAAACUCCCUGUUGAAUGAGAUAGCAAGAGCAUCAUUGACACCAGAGUUGAACUACAUUGCUAAACCAGCAGCAUCAUGGCUCGAUGAUUUUCUUGUCUGGUUGUCGCCAGAGGCAUUUGGUUGCUGCCGGAAAUUUACAAAUGGUUCUUAUUGUCCACCUGAUGACCAGCCUCCUUGCUGUUUUCCGGAUGAUGGUUUCUGUGACUCAAGUGAAGGAGUGUGCAAAGAUUGUACAACUUGCUUUCACCACUCAGAUUUGGUUGGGGGCCGUCCAACUACAGUGCAAUUCCAGGAGAAGCUUCCGUGGUUCCUCAAUUCUCUUCCAUCUGCUGACUGUGCAAAGGGUGGUCAUGGUGCUUAUACCAAUAGUGUAAAUUUGAAGGGUUAUGAAAGUGGUAUCAUAAAAGCUUCUGAGUUUCGGAGUUAUCACACACCACUUAACAAACAAGGUGACUAUGUAAACGCACUACGAGCUGCAAAGGAUUUUAGCUCAAAGAUUUCUGAUUCUUUGAAGAUGGAUAUCUUUCCGUACUCUGUCUUCUAUAUUUUCUUUGAGCAAUAUCUUGAUAUAUGGAAGACAGCUUUGAUGAACAUUGCCAUAGCGCUUGGUGCCAUAUUUAUUGUCUCUCUGGUCAUCACAUCUAGUUUGUGGAGUUCGGGAAUGAUUAUACUUGUUUUGGCUAUGAUUGUUAUUGAUCUCUUGGGAGUAAUGGCAGUUCUGAAAAUUCAACUAAAUGCAGUCUCUGUUGUUAACAUAUUAAUGUCCAUUGGAAUUGCUGUUGAGUUUUGCGUCCAUUUAGUUCAUGCAUUUUCGGUCAGCUGUGGUGACAGAAGUCAGCGAGCACAGGAGGCUUUGAGUACAAUCGGAGCCUCUGUAUUCAGUGGAAUCACUCUCACAAAGCUGGUUGGAGUCAUCGUUCUUUGCUUCGCAAAAUCAGAGAUAUUUGUGGUUUAUUACUUCCAAAUGUACCUUGCAUUGGUCAUCAUCGGUUUCCUCCAUGGCCUCGUGUUUCUACCUGUAAUUUUGAGUAUGAUUGGACCACCAUCAAGAUAUUUGAUUAGUGAUGAUGCUCCUAUGGAAACUGAGCUUCUCGUUUCAUAAGGCAUAUGAUUAAAUAUGAAGCUCUCCUCUCUCGCUAUCCCAUCUUGUUCUGCAACAUUGUCGAAUCUGGGCAUAAUUUCACUUGCUGGUGGAGGAGGAGCCAAAGAAGAAGUACAAGAGAAGAAUAAAAAGGAAAAAAGAAAAAAAGUUGCAAAAGAAGAACGAGAGCGAAGUACAAAAGAUAGGAAAUAUAAGCAUAAAACACAGAAAAAAAAAUAAGAAUACAAAAAAAGAAUAGAACACAAGUAGAACACGAGAGAAGAAAAAAAGAAAAAGAGCAGGAAGAGAGAUAAAAUAAGGGUAAGUUGGUAAAUUUGUUUGAAGAUGAUGUAAGCAGGUCAAAAAUCUUAUGUCUCAAGAAGGUAUAAAGCAUUUUUCAUGACUUCAAAAUAUAUCAUCCAUACAAUUUAUUCAAAAGUGUUGCGGUAAUUUUGUUAUAAAUAGAAGGGGAUUUGAACCAGCUAGCAUAUGUUUUUAAUAAAAUUAAGCACCUAUCACCCCUCUUUUAUGUAUAAUGUUGUAAAAACUAGUUAAAUCAAAAUCACGUUACUUUAUUUUUAUAAAUACCAAAAUUAUUUCGCUGA